AUGGCAGUUUCCAAUAUCAUCAUUGAUUUUCUUGCUGAAUUGAACCUGAAUAUUCAGAAUCUACGAGCUCAGUGCUACGAUGGAGCUGCUAACAUGUCGGGGAAAUACAGUGGCGUCCAGGCCAGGAUACUUCAAGUUGUUCCCGAGGCUUCUUAUGUUCACUGCAAAGCACACUCGCUGAAUCUUGCAUUGAUACACAGCAGCAAGGUUAUGUGCAUUCGAAACAUGAUGUCAACAGUGCAGGAUGUGGCAUUUUGUUUGGCAAAGCGUUUGAAAGCAUUCUCCGACGAACUGGCUGAAAACGAUGACGUACAGGAGCAGAUGGACCGACGAACAAAACUCAGAACACUGUGCGAAACGCGUUGGUCAAGUCGAGCAGAUUCACUGUUCACCUUCCGCUCAGCUUUCCCCGUGGUCGUUGCUGCCCUCCAAUCACUUGAAGAUGCUAAAGAUGAGAAGGCAUCGCAAUACUUAGCUGCUAUUUUGAGAUUUGAAUUUAUCAUUGCACUAGUUGUAGCGGAACACGUUUUGAGCUCUACAGUAGCCUUAACAAACUAUCUUCAAAAAAAGGACAUAGACCUUUUAGAAGCAGUAACAGAGGCCAAAGUCGUUAUCAGGAGAUUAACUGAUGAAAGAAACGACAUUAGUGUUUGGGAUGCAUUGUAUGGCAGGGCAACUGAAAUAGCUGCAGAGCAUGACUUGCAGCCAUGCGUUCCAAGAAGAGCAGGACGUCAACAACACAGAGAAAAUCAUCCCCUAAACAACCCGUCGGAUUACUGGAGAGUUUCGUUGUAUCUCGUCUUUUUAGAUCACCUGGUAAACGAAAUAUCUAGUCGAGUAACAAAGAACGAAGAGAGAUUUUUAAUUUCGUAUUUGCUACCAGCCAAACUGCAAGACCUUACAGCGGAUGUUACAGAUCGUCUGUACAACGCCUAUAAGUCAGACCUCACUAGCAAAGUAGAGUUUGUGGAUGAAAUAACAAGAUGGAGGAUUAGAUGGAAUCUUGCUGGUACCGAUACAGGACCGAAUAAAAUCAUCGAUCUCCUGAAUAAAACCAACAAAGACAUUUAUCCUGGCAUUUUCUGCGUUCUGUCCAUUUUCUUGACCAUGCCAGUAUCCUCGGCCUCUAUUUUGAAGGAGAAGCUUCUGAAGUUUUAG